AUGGUCAAGCUCCUCACCGUCCUCUCCACCGCCCUCGCCUUCACCGCCGCCGCUUCGGCCGAGGUCAAGCAUGUUCGCAAGUCGCACCACCACGGCGUUCGUCUCCAGAGCCGUGCCGACCAGUCCGACAUCAAAUACGGCCCCCACGGCCGUCCCUGCCUGAACCAGCCCGGCAAGCUCGUCGGCACCCCCGUCCCCGCUGCCGUUGCCAACCCCCCUCGCCUCUUCGUCGCCGUCUCGACCUCGGCUGCCGCUCCCCAGCCCACCGGCCCCGUCGUCGUUGUCGUCGAUGCCCCCGCCCCUGCUCCCCAGUCCACCGACCCCGUCGUUGUCGUCGUUGAUGCUCCUGCCCCUGCCCCCGUCGAGACCAACAACUUUGUUCCCCAGCCCAGCGAGACCGCUGUUGUUGUCGUUGUCCAGCCCUCGGCCCCCGCCCCCGCUCCCCAGUCCACCGAGACCGUCGUCGUUGUCGUCCAGCCUUCGGCCCCUGCUCCCGCUCCCCAGCCCACCUCGGCCCCUCCUGCUCCCCAGCCCGCCCCCGCUCCCCCGGCCAACAACGACCUGGCCUCCCAGUGUCUCGAUGCCCACAACACUGCCCGUGCCCAGUACGGCCACGCUCCCCUGACCUGGGACAACAACCUCUCGCAGGCUGCUUUCGCCUACGCCCAGACCCAGGCCGCCACCGGCAACGGUCCUCUUGAGCACGGCGGUGUCCCUGCUGGUGCCGGCCAGAACCUUGCCAGCUACGGUGGAUACCCCAACGCCUUCGACUGCCACACCCCCGUCGCCGCCUGGGUUUCCGAGUCUGUCUUCUACUCUGGCCAGGCCAUCGACAUCAACAACCCCAACGACUUCGAGAAGUGGGGUCACUUCACCGCCGUCAUCUGGCCCACCACCAAGACCGUUGGUUGCGGUUACGCCGGUGACAACACCCUCCAGAACGAGGUCUUCUGGGUUUGCGACUACUUCCCUGCUGGUAACAUCCAGGGCGUGUCUGCCUACUAA